GGGACCGCCAUAUAGGGAAACCACCUUGCUUCUUCGCGUACAUGCCGUCUUUCUCGGAGGACUCCCGAAUCGUACAAGUGGCACAACGCUGUGGAGUAUCGACGAAGGAGAUUAUGGACCAUCUGGAAAGGUAUCGAUAGAAUAAAAGUAGUGCUUUAGCUCCGAGGAGGCGAACUGCUGCCUGCUAAACCGUUGAUCCACGUUCCAGUUUAAGCUAUGGUGUGUAAGAAAUAUAUAUAUAUUCACAGCACAGCAGAGUGUAUAUCGCCCCUCGCUUGUAUGGCUUAGUGUGAUAAAGCAACUAUCUAUAAUAGAAGGAAUUCUCAUAUCAGGUCUCAGACCUUCGAAUUUCGAUACCACCAGGAAUGCCUUGAUAUUUUUUUCCCUUGAUAUUUUAUCAUACAAUACUGUCACUAUAUCUGCCUUAAGAGAGUACUUUAGUGGGUCGGAAAUUUAAAAGGAGAGAUUAGAAAAAAGAAAAGAAAGAUAUCGAAGAGAGUACCGGCCGUAAACAUGUCAGACGAGUGUGUCCUCCCAAAUUCUUAAAAUUCCUCAGGGAGUGAACGAUAGCUAUGUUUAUUCCAAUAGAAGAAAUGUUUUACAAACUACUGGGGGACUGAAGAUUUCAAGACGUGGAGCUUUUCCCUUCUCUGAGAAGAUUAAAUACUGAAUCACCUGAUCCACCUUUUACUCAUAAUACUGUGAUUCCUCCAGGUAGCUCAGAAAUUCAUCUAGAGGAAUAAAAAGAAGACCUGAGGGUUUGGUUCUAAGAGUACUUAAUUCGAAUGUGGAUGGAAAAAGUUGGUCUAUUGCGAUCUAACUUCCGUAGAAGCUCCCGCGAAGCGACGAAAAUGUGACAUAUCAUCCUGGACAACGAACGUUGUAGUGUUGCAAGAGAGAAAAAAAAAAGGAAAAAUGGUACACGCAGUAGUUGUGGUUCUCGCUCUGAUCUCCGUCAGUGUAUCCGCCUACGAGCAUACCGCCGCGGAUCAGUGCGACUGGUCCGGAAGCGGAGGAGAAAGUGGUGGUGUCCGACCGGUAUACUUGCGCUGUGCUCGGGGAACGGUACUAUGGCGCUAUCCUCAUGACGCUUUGAGAGUAGUCCUUUCCUUCCCGGUCUCAUUCUUAGAGAACACUUCUCUCAGCUAUCUGGGUUUCCGUGCCUGCGUCAAGAUCUCUGGGCCUGUGCGGGUCUUUCUGGAAGCUGGCGGCAAGCUGAGACAACUCUAUUCUCCGUCCGAUGGCAAGCACGAACUUACACAUCGGUGCUUCCGCUCGCGGAAGCAUACAGCCGCACUUUACAUGGAAGCUGAGGAUGAUUAUUCCUUUAAAAACACCAAGGUCAAGCUACAAUAUGACCUGGAGCCAAAUUCUGUGAAGGGGGGAACACUUCGCGUGCCGGACGAAGAGGAGGACUGCAGACCUUGCUCCAUGGAGGAACUUGCCAAGGCUUAUUGCCAAAGCGACCUGGUUGCUAAAGGCACUGUCACUGAUGUCGAACAGAAUCCUAAAAUGGAUACGUCUGAACUGAUACUUAGGGUCACCAAGAUUCUGCGCUAUAUAGCCCAGGAAGCUGAGGGUAAUGAAAUUGACGCGUCUUUGAAGAAAAGCGUGCGUGUGCGAAUACCAAUGGUAUGUGAUGCGCGGCACGGCCUAGGUGAAUUUGUGAUAAUGGCCAAACGACGUCUCGGAGACCUCACCUUGGUAUGCGCGCCUAGACUGGAAGCGUGGAUGCAAAUUGUACAUGAAAUGGAUAAUGCGCCCUGCGUUCUUCAUAGCUAGCUAAUAAGAUGAUUUUUUUUGGAAAGUCGUAAAGACAUGUACACGAUGCACAAUAGAUACAGUAUCGUGUUACAAAAUUGGAAAUCAAUCAUUAAUAGAGUAAUACCGUAUAGAAAACUGCCGUCUAGCCAUUUGUAUGAGGAUAUCGUAUAUUUAGGGAAUAUCAUUCUUUGUGUACAUACUACAUACUGUCAGAUUGUCGAUCUCCAAACUGUGAUAUUAUUUGUUGUAUUAAGAAGAACAUGGAAGAACGUGCACAAAGAAACAGAGAAAGCACAUUUGCCUUAAUACUUGUUCUAGACUAUUUUAGAGAUUAGAAAAAUCAUGUAUAGAAUAUUC